AUGUCUGAAGUUAUUUAUGAUAAUGUGAUCAGGGUUGAGUCUCUGGGAAUGGACAGAGAGAGAGUGGAGAUGAUGGUGGAUAUCUAUGAGCUUACAGAUUCUGCGAGAGAUCAUGACUACAGGACAGAGACAGACUUCAAUAUAGACACACAUCAACCACUUCAGUAUCCAGGUGAAUCUGUGUGGAACAGAAGCUCCAGAGAAGCUACUGUGUGUGUGGGUCUGCUGUGUGUUCUUCUGCUGGCUGCAGUCAUAGUGAUGAGUGUCCAACUCAAUACAAACACUCACCAGAGUCACAUCAAAAGCAAAAACUACACAGAAGAGAGAGACCAGUUACAAACCAAAAUUACCAACCUCACAAAAGAAAGAGUCCAGUUACUAAUUCAGAAUGCCUAUCUUAUUGACGUCUUGACUAAAGAGAGGGAUGGACUAUUAGCAAAAUAUGACAAUUUAGCAAUCAAAUAUGAACAGUUACAACAAAGGAAACAUGAACAGUGGAAUCAUGAAAUGGAUGGAUGGAUUUACUAUCAGCUCAGUUUUUACUAUCUUUCAUCUGAGUCGAAGAGCUGGAAUGAGAGCAGAAGAUACUGUACAGAGAGAGGAGCAGAUCUGGUGAUCAUAAACAACAGAGAGGAACAUGAUUUUGUUAGGAAAAUAUCUAACGGUGAAGGUAUCUGGAUUGGUCUGUCUGACAGUGAUGAAGAGGGCACAUGGAAAUGGGUCGAUAGUGUCAAACUGACCUCUGGAUUCUGGUAUAAUGGGGAGCCCAACGAUAACAAGGGCAAAGAAGACUGUGUUAUUACAGGAUCAUGGUUUCGUUCAUCAGGGUGGGCUGAUUAUCCAUGUAAUAAUGCUUUUAAAUGGGCCUGUGAGAAGAGCAUUUUAAAAUAG